UUCUCCGGGUUCUAUCUCUCUUCUAGGCUUGGCCAAGCACCGCUCCAGACGGCACUUGACAGGGCUGCUGACUAUUCUCAAGCCAUCUGGCUGGAGCUGCAGACUCGGCGACCAACUUUCUCCCACAGCACCUUUAAUCUCAACUCUGCUGCUGCUGCUCAACCAGGCAUACUACCGACUACCAUCCCCUCAGUUGACUCCCUGCCUUCAUCUCUAUUUCGGCGGGUGGAUCAAAUUGCUCUGCUGCGUGGCAGUGGUCGCGUUUUAAUGCAUGAAGUAAUCACUUGUCGAAUAGCAGGCGCCUAUGAUGUGGAUUUUAGGUGA